AUGUACCCCCAGGGGAGGCACCCGACCCCGCUUCAGUCCGGCCAGCCCUUCAAGUUCUCGAUCUUGGAGAUCUGCGACCGCAUCAAAGAGGAAUUCCAGUUUCUUCAGGCUCAGUACCACAGCCUCAAGCUGGAAUGUGAGAAGCUGGCCAGUGAGAAGACAGAAAUGCAACGACAUUAUGUCAUGUACUAUGAGAUGUCCUACGGGCUCAACAUUGAAAUGCACAAGCAGGCCGAGAUUGUGAAGCGCCUCAGUGGUAUCUGUGCUCAGAUUAUCCCCUUCCUGACGCAGGAGCAUCAACAGCAGGUGCUACAGGCCAUGGAGCGGGCCAAGCAGGUGACCGUGGGGGAGCUGAACAGCCUCAUCGGGCAGCAGCUCCAGCCGCUGUCCCACCAUGCCCCCCCUGUGCCCCUCACCCCUCGCCCUGCUGGCCUGGUGGGCAGUGGUGCCACGGGGCUGCUGGCCCUGUCCGGAGCACUGGCCGCCCAGGCUCAGCUGGCUGCGGCCGCCAAGGAAGACCGGGCAGGUGGGGAGGCCGAGGGACCCAGAGUGGAGAGAGCCCCGAGCAGGAGCGCAUCCCCCUCACCCCCUGAGAGUGUGGUGGAAGAGGAGCGACCGGGUGGCCUGGGGAGCAGUGGGAAGCAGCGAGCUGAGGACAAGGAUCUGUCAGGACCUUAUGAGAGUGACGAAGACAAGAGCGAUUACAACCUGGUGGUGGACGAGGACCAACCCUCGGAGCCCCCCAGCCCAGCUACCACCCCGUGUGGAAAGGCACCCAUCUGCGUCCCUGCCCGUCGGGACCUUGUGGACAGCCCGGCCUCCUUGGCCUCCAGCCUCGGCUCCCCACUCCCCAGAGCCAAGGAGCUUGUCCUGAACGACCUUCCCGCCGGCACUCCGGCCUCCAAGUCCUGCGACUCCUCCCCGCCCCAGGAUGCGUCCGCCCCCGGGCCCAGCUCAGCCAGUCACCCCCGCCAGCUUGCUGCCAAGCCAGCACCUUGCACGGACAGUGUUGCCCUGAGGAGCCCCCUGACACUGUCCAGUCCCUUCACCACAUCCUUCAGCCUGAGCUCCCACAGCGCCCUUAAUGGGGACCUCUCUGUGCCCAGCUCCUACGUUAGCCUCCACCUGUCCCCCCAAGUCAGCGGCUCUGUAGUGUAUGGACGGUCCCCCAUGAUGGCAUUCGAGUGUCAUCCUCAUCUCCGAGGGUCAUCCAUCUCCUCCUCCCUGCCCACUAUUCCUGGUGGAAAGCCGGCCUACUCCUUCCACGUGUCUGCCGACGGGCAGAUGCAGCCGGUGCCCUUCCCCUCGGACGCGCUCGUGGGCGCCGGCAUCCCGCGGCAGGCGCGGCAGCUGCACACGCUGGCGCACGGCGAGGUGGUCUGCGCCGUCACCAUCAGCGGCUCCACGCAGCACGUGUACACGGGCGGCAAGGGCUGCGUGAAAGUGUGGGACGUGGGGCAGCCGGGCGCCAAGACGCCGGUGGCGCAGCUCGACUGCCUGAACCGGGACAACUACAUUCGUUCCUGCAAGCUGCUGCCCGACGGCCGGAGUCUAAUCGUGGGCGGCGAGGCCAGCACCUUGUCCAUCUGGGACCUGGCGGCGCCCACCCCGCGCAUCAAGGCGGAGCUGACCUCCUCGGCCCCCGCCUGCUACGCUCUGGCCGUCAGCCCCGACGCCAAGGUCUGCUUUUCCUGCUGCAGCGACGGCAACAUCGUGGUCUGGGACCUGCAGAACCAGACCAUGGUCAGGCAGUUCCAGGGCCACACGGACGGGGCCAGCUGCAUCGACAUUUCCGACUACGGCACUCGGCUCUGGACCGGGGGCCUGGACAACACGGUACGCUGCUGGGACCUGCGGGAGGGCCGCCAGCUGCAGCAGCACGACUUCAGCUCCCAGAUCUUCUCCCUGGGCCACUGCCCCAACCAGGACUGGCUGGCGGUCGGCAUGGAGAGCAGCAACGUGGAGGUUCUACAUGUCCGCAAGCCCGAGAAGUACCAGCUGCACCUUCACGAGAGCUGUGUGCUCGCCCUCAAAUUCGCCUCCUGCGGGCGCUGGUUUGUGAGCACUGGGAAAGACAACCUGCUCAACGCCUGGAGGACACCGUAUGGAGCCAGCAUUUUUCAGUCCAAGGAAUCAUCCUCCGUGCUGAGCUGUGACAUCUCCGGAAAUAAUAAGUACAUUGUGACAGGCUCAGGGGACAAGAAGGCCACCGUGUACGAGGUGGUCUACUGAGACCCCCCCAUCUUCCUGCACCCUUGGCCUGGCUCCUAGGGGAGGGGCAUCCCGGACAGAGACCCCGACACCCCCCUCUCCAUUCAUACCUGUGAGUGCUAAGUCUCAUCUGCCCUCUGGCUGACUCCCUCCCAUCUUCCCUUGCUGGACAUGGGGCUGGACGGGCAGGUGGACUUCGGGGAAAUAAAUGUAUUUAUCGCAACUGC